AUGGGAGGGCUACAAGUGAUAACAAGGUCAUAAAAGCAGUCAUCUGGGAAUAUCAUCCGGUGUUUUCGGGAAGAGAAGAAAGUCAUCACUGACAGCCUCUCGGCUGCACAUCUCACAAGCCAAAGAGCCUCAUUCUUCAAGAUUUCUUCCCUGUUUUUGUGGCGUUAACUCUGUGACAAUGCAUAUGAAUCUACUUGUUCUGAAACUUUGCCUUCUUGGCACAGUAAGUCUGUGUGGAGGUCAGUCAGGAACAUCUUCAGCUACUCCUGGCACAACCCCAGCAACACCCAACCCAACAGCCACAACCGCUGAACUUCCCACCGCCCCAACUGAUCAACCCAACAGUGCCACCACUGCUAAUUCUCCUCCAACUGACACUACUGAAUCUAGUGAGGGUGAUCCAGGGCUCCCAGGUGGUGCUAUAGCCGGCAUUACCAUCGGCUCCAUUGCCGGCGUGGCUGCGGUCGGUGGCGGUAUCUUCGGUGCGUUGAAGUUCACAGGGAAGAUCUGAGACUCAACAAAUGAGGGUUUAAAAAGUUGUAGAUUGUAGCUGAAAAACAUAUUUACUGACCUGGAGUCAGAAUGGACAGAUAAAAUGUGCUGUUGUCUGAAAGGCCCAAAUCAGAAUAUAACAAUAUGUCUUUAUAUAUGAUGGGCCAGAAGGAAGACAUGGAAGUCAGUUUUCCCAUUUUAAUAUUCUAAUUGUCUGUCCGUAGUUGAUCAAAACAUUUUCUAUUGUGAAAUAAGAUAUAUAUUAGAAUUUUGUGUUGUUUUAAUGUACAUUGCGUUAAAAUUAAGAUGAAAACUCCUCAUUUAUCACAUUUUGAUUUUAUUCUCUACAGUAGAUUCAGUUUGACAUCAAUGAGCAACAUUUUGUAUAAAGCAUUUUGCAGCUCCUCCAAUUCACAAGCUGCACUCUUGUCAUCUUAUUUUUGUAAUAAAAUAAAUCUUUGUCAGGGAAAACUGACACUCUUAUUAAGCUGAGUCACUUUACUUGUAUAUUGAUGGCAUUAUUUUCUUAUGACUUACCUGGUUUUGGAAGCCGAAUUCUGAAUUUUCUUAGAGAAAAGCAUUAAAAUCACCAUGUAUGUUUAAUAAUUAA